AUGAGUUCCGGACCACCUCAGUAUACGCCGUCGGAGCCAUCUCCUAUGUACUCCUCGACGCCGCUUCAUGGCGAACAGAGGGUUGCGCAUAAUCGUCGCGCGACGUCAUCACGCACUGGGUCCUUCAGACGCAUAACCGACAAGGUUACGGUGGUCCUCUCGGACCAACUGCCCGGUCGUAUCCAGCCCGUUUACGGACGCGGAGGCUGCAUACAAGGAUAUCUUGCGGUUCACGACAUCGACAACAUUAUUGAAGUCACCAUACGACUGAGAGGGGAGAUUAGCAUCGACAUCGCUAGCACAGGGAGCAGAUCACGAACGAGGGUUCUCGACGAGUCCUUUACGCUGUGGAAAGCAGGUCCUUCGGGACCAUGUCCUCCGACUAUCCCCAUCGCACUGGUUUGGCCGUCCAAGUUUUGGGACGGCAGCCAGACUCGUCAAUUACCUCCCUCGUUCGAGAACGAUGUGCUAUCAACAUCCUGCUCAUAUGACCUGACAGUCCUAUUGUCAAAACGUAAGCAGCUGUUAGGACUGGUGAAACCGGCAGACAGCGUGUCAAUACCUCUGACGUACUUCCCGCGUACGCGCCCACCUGCACCGGCGACCUGUAGGGAAGAUCCAUUCGUGCCAAGCAUGAGGAGCGCGCCGGACGAGUGGCAUCAGAGCCAAUGCAUUAUGAAGCCUUGCCAACGCUCCGCUUUGACGGCUGUCCAGUGUUCUCUAUAUAUCCCAAUAGUCCGCGUAUACGCGUUAUCCGACAUCAUUCCUUUCCAUGUCCAGUUUCACGCAACCGAGGCAUCUCUUGCUCAUCUAAGAGAUGGUGUAGGAUCUGUCGAAGGGCAUGUUUCAGUACGGGUGUACCUUCUCCGCAAGACUAGCGUUACCGUAAAUGAGGAGAUAGCUACUUCUCGUCGCAUCUUGGGAGAGGGACAGAUCUUCGUGACCAAAUCAACGCUUACACCCCAAGAAGACGGACUAUCGGCGCUGGACUGCGAUGGCGAAGUCGUGUGUGGGGAUGCGGAGGUUGAUGGGCCCAGCUUCAUCGUCUCAAACCUUUCAGUCAAGGAUCUCAUUGUGCUCGAGCUAAAGCCUCAACAACCUUUGAAGUCGUCUUUUCUGGAGAUGUCGCAUGCCGUUCCGAUACGACUAGUGACGGACACUUGGGCGGAAGAGCCGGCCGCGACAUGA